AUGGCGAAGGCCCGACUGCAGGCCACCGGUGCGGUCAAGUACGGGUCAUUCAACACGGCUGAGCCACCGAGUUGGGUGUUUGGGAAGGUUGGAACCCCGACGAAGCACUUGAUCGAGCACGACUUCUGCACGAGCCAUGAGCAAGGAUUGUUGUUGGGAUUCAAUGCUCUAACUUCAAAGAGAAUGGUCCUCAAGUUUGACGUCAAAGGCGAAAUGGAAUACCUCGAGAUGGCUCGGUCAGACGUGUUGAAAAUCGUGCAAGAAGCUGCCCAGCCAUGCAAAGACCCAUCACAUCUAAAAUCCACACCGCAUGGGAGUGCAUCACUCACUCCGAUAGCUACAACACCACGUUUGGCAACCCAACGGCUGCGGCGGCGCGCCAGCUUCGGUCAACUGACGAACACGAGCGAUGUCCAGUCGUUGCACAUGCGCGACCUUCGUAACCUCGAUGACAGCAUCGACAAUUUCACGUCAAUUACGAUUCGGCGACACGUGAUUCUUGUUCAUUGCGGACCAUUGCGCUGCGUCGUGUUGCGCAAUGCAUUGCUCAUGUUUGUUCCAACGGGAGCUGACACUUUGAUCCAAAUCUUGCGGAACAAGGUAGCUCAGUGCUGUGCAGAGGACGACGACAUUGCGUUCGAAUUCCGGGCCCUCGAAGCUAUAUUCUUCACCCUGUGCAAACUCCUCAGUAGCGACUGCGAAAAGUUGGUGGAAAAGGUGUCGCUUGCGUUAACCCGAUUGUCGAGUGCCGCACUUUCAUCAGGGGAGCUGGAGACGCUGACCAUUCUCAAGAACAAAGUGCACGAGUUCGAAUCGCAGAUCUUGGACACGCGUCGAAUUCUUAUGGAGUUGCUCGACAACGACCAAGACAUGCGGCUGCUCUACUUGUCAAAGUUACAUCGCAAUGCAACGGUUGUGUCCCCUGACUCGAUGGGACUGGAUGUCGAAGAAGCGGAAGCGUUGAUUGAGGCGUAUUUGCUCGACAUCCACGCAAUGCGAACCAAGGUCGGGCUCCUCCAAACCCGCAUGGUAAACACGGAAAACAUCGUGAUGCUGAAACUGGAUUCGGUGCGCAACGCCCUAUUGUCCAUCGACACAAUAUUUGGGAUGGUCAUGCUGGCUAUGAACAUGGCCAUGUUUGUCUCGAGCGCAUUUGGAAUGAACCUCGUUUCAGGCUACGAGACGCAACCGCAUCUGUUCUGGGCCGUCCUUGGCGUUUCCACCACAUGCGCCGCGCUUAUGAUUUACAUUGGCAUUCGGUACUUCAAGGCCAAGGGUGUGAUCUUGUUAUAG